UUUUUAAAUGUGUAUGUGUAUGCGUGAAUAUAUAUGUACUAAGUGCGCGUUGUUCUCAUCUGAGUUAUUCGCAAGUGUAUGUGAGUGUGUGUGUGUAAUAGGGAAUUGCAUUUUGUUGUUUUUGUAGGAAGAGCUUUUCGCUUGUUGCGCGUGCUCGUCUUCCUCUUCGUUGUCGACGUCUACGUCUUCGUUUCUCUGUCGUCGUCGUUGUCGUGUUGUGCAAGAAGUUGUCGUCGUCUGCUUCGGCAUAAUUGCAAUAAAUUUGCUGGUUUUUUUAAUACAUAAAAGGAAGCAGCAAACGCCGACGCCACCGUCACCGUCGACAUGCAAAAACAAAUUCCAUGCGCGAAAAACAACACUAAAAGCGAAUAGCGAAUAGUCAAAGCGAAAAACGAAAACGAAAAACGUAAAAAGAACGAAAUAGCAAGAGAAUUGGCGCAGCGCAAAUAAUAAGAACAUACACUAGCGAGAGCAACAAAAACAACAAUAAAAACAACAACAAGAAUAACAGUGUGUGAGCGCAAAUGUGUGUGAGCGGCGGAAAAAAAAUAUGCUGAAAAAGCUUUCGUCGACUACGACGACGACGACGACGUCGCAGCUGCUGCUGGCGCAGGCGGAAACUGCAUCAGUGCUGAUCGUAGCGGGGUCGCGGCCGCAGGGGCAACAUGAAUCACGCAAGUUCUUUUGCUGCUGCUGUGUGCGAAUAGCCGUGUGAAGUGUACAAACAAAUAGAGAAGGCGAACGGGCCAAAAACAACAACAAUAAUAAUAGCACUUUUGCUUUCGGUCCCAACUGGUUUUAAGAACGACAAAGAGCAAAAGCAAAGUAAACGGAGCGCCCCAAAAGCAGCAACAGCAACAGCAACACAGAAAUCUACAAUAACAACAACAGCAGCCGCGUCUUCUUCUUGUCGUGAUCGCUGUUGGGGUAGCGGCGCAUGCGCUAAAGCGUCGCUGUCGACGUCACAGCAAGCAGCAGCAGCUGCUAUUGCUAUUUAAUUUUAUAAUUAUAUAUAUACAUAUACGUAUAUAUAUUUUGUGCAUAAAAGUCUUAAGUAAUUACAACUACUAUCGUUACCUGUGAAAUUGCAACAACUAGAAGAACAUCACCAACAACAACAAGAAUAAAGAACAUCACGAAACAACGUACAAAGCAACAAUGAAUAACUUUAAUGUACCUUUGAUGGCCGAGAGCAGCAGCAGCAACAUUGUUAGCUAUGCAGCUAGCAACAAUGACAACAACAACCAUCAACAGCAUCACCAUCAGCAACAGCAACCGCAACAACAACAGCACCUGCAACACCAUCACCAACAACACCAACAACAACAAUUGCUGCCACAUCAUCACAAGGAUCAAAUGCUUGCUGCUGGCAGCACACCAAUGAUUCCGUUUAUCACCUACACACAACUGCAGAAGGACGCACAACAGCAGCAACAACAGCAACAGCAGAAUUCCAAUUCGAAUCCGCCCGUUGAUAGUUUUAGCACACUUCAGGCCAUCAAUGACAGCCAAUUGGAUGGUGGCGUCUCCCUAAGUGGACUCUGUGAACGCAUCUUCGCCAGUCCAAAUCCACAUAGCAAUAGCAAUCACACCCCCAGCAAUAAUAACAACAACAACAACACAAAUAACAACAACAACAAUGUGGAUGACAAGUUAACAACGCCAUCUAGCGGUGGUGUCAUCAAUAAUGGUGCUGUCAUCAUUGAAUCAGUCACAAUGCCAUCAUUUGCCAACUUAUUGUUCAACAACAACCGCAACAACCACAACAAUCACAACAACCACAGCAACAACAACAAUCAGGCUACAGUCAAUGGUGUUGAGUCUUUAAAUAGCAUUGAUCCCGUGUUGUUGCAAAAGUCAAACACUAUGGAAUAUCAUCAGCUGAAGCCGUUGGAGAAUGUUGCAAGUUCUGCUGUGGCAGCUGUUGUAAGCACCUCAAGUUUCCUUAGCUCAACAACGGCGCAGUUGUUGGACUUUGAGGUGGUUGCCACUAAGGAUACAUCAGUUGUUGUUGUUGCUGGUAAUGGUAUUGCUGAUACAACAACAACUGCUGCUCCCGCUGCUGCAGCAACAACAACAACCACUGCCAAUCGUAGCUCGUUGCACAGCAUCGAGGAAUUAGCAGCCAGUUCCUGUGCCACAAACAAAACAACAAGCAACAAUACAACAAGUACAACACAACAACAACAAUUGCAUCAUCAGCAACAACAACAACAACAGGCUGGCAAUCUCAGUGGCUCUAAUCUCAGCUCAGAUGAUGAGUCAAUGUCGGAGGAUGAAUUUGGUCUAGAGAUUGAUGAUCAUGGGGGCUAUCAGGAGACCAACUCAUCCCAUUCGCAACAAAGUGGCAAUGGAGCUGCUGGCAAUGGCAAUGCCAACGCUGGCAACUCUGGCCAACUAUUGAAUGGCACUGGCGGUGGCAGCUCUGGUGGCAACGGUUACAUGUUGCUGCCACCAGCUGGUGGUGGUGGUGGUGGCAACAACUCUGCCUCUGGCGCCUCACACAUGUCCGGCAAUAUUGGCAGCGGCGGCGGUGCGGGCGGUGGAGCGGGCACAACCGCUGGCAGUGGACAUCAUGGCGGAACGAGUGCCACAUCCGGCGGUGGUGAAGCCAUCGAUUUCAAGCAUCUGUUUGAGGAGCUUUGCCCCGUCUGCGGUGACAAGGUGAGUGGGUAUCAUUAUGGCCUGCUCACCUGCGAGUCCUGCAAGGGAUUCUUCAAGCGCACCGUUCAAAACAAAAAGGUCUACACAUGCGUUGCGGAGCGUUCCUGCCACAUUGAUAAGACACAGCGCAAACGCUGUCCAUACUGUCGAUUCCAAAAGUGCCUCGAGGUGGGCAUGAAACUGGAGGCUGUUCGAGCGGAUCGCAUGCGUGGCGGUCGGAACAAGUUCGGACCGAUGUACAAAAGGGAUCGGGCGCGAAAGCUGCAGGUGAUGCGUCAGCGCCAAUUGGCGCUUCAGGCGCUGCGCAGUUCGAUGGGAUCGGACAUAAAGCCGACGCCUCUGUCGCCGGGUUAUCAGCAAGCAUAUCCAAAUAUGAAUAUUAAGCAAGAAAUACAAAUACCUCAGGUAUCCUCACUCACACAGUCGCCGGAUUCAUCGCCUAGUCCCAUUGCCAUUGCUUUGGGCCAGGUUAAUGCGAGCGGGGGCGGUGUGAUAGCCACGCCCAUGAAUGCCGGCAAUGUGAGUGGCGGCAAUGGCAACGGCAGCUCCUCAUUGGGCAGUGGCAACAACAACAACAACAAUACCAACAACAACAGCAGCAGCAGCACAGGCAGCGGUGGCAGUGCAGGCGGCGGAGGAGGAGGAGGAGGUGGUGGCAACAACGCUGGCGGCGGCGGCGGUGGCAACAACGCUGGCGGCGGCGGCGGUGGCAACAACAACAACAGCAACAAUGGCGAUGGCCUGCUACGCAACGGAAACGGCAGCAAUGGCAACAGCAACAGCAGCUGCCAUGAAACCGGAACUGGAUCUCUGCAGAACUCAGCCGAAUCGAAAUUGUGCUUUGAUUCUGGCACACAUCCAUCGAGCACAGCCGAUGCGCUCAUUGAGCCCCUGAGGGUAUCGCCAAUGAUACGUGAAUUUGUGCAAUCGAUCGACGAUCGGGAAUGGCAGACGCAACUGUUUGCGCUGCUGCAGAAGCAGACGUACAAUCAGGUGGAAGUGGAUCUCUUUGAGUUAAUGUGCAAAGUGCUCGAUCAGAAUCUGUUCUCGCAAGUCGAUUGGGCAAGAAACACCGUCUUCUUUAAGGAUCUGAAGGUGGACGAUCAGAUGAAGCUGCUGCAGCAUUCGUGGUCCGAUAUGCUUGUACUUGAUCAUCUGCAUCAUCGCAUACAUAACGGUCUGCCGGAUACGACGCAAUUGAAUAACGGUCAGGUCUUCAAUCUAAUGAGCCUCGGCCUCUUGGGCGUACCCCAGUUGGGUGAUUACUUCAAUGAGUUGCAAAAUAAACUGCAGGAUCUAAAGUUCGAUAUGGGCGAUUAUGUGUGCAUGAAAUUCCUAAUACUAUUAAAUCCAGAUGUGCGCGGCAUUGUCAACAAGAAGACCGUCUUGGAGGGACACGAGAGUGUGCAGGCAGCGCUGCUGGAUUACACGCUUACGUGUUAUCCCUCAGUCAAUGACAAAUUCAGGAGGCUAUUAAACAUACUACCGGAAAUCCACGCCAUGGCCGCACGGGGCGAGGAGCAUCUCUACUCGAAGCACUGCGCGGGAAGUGCGCCAACGCAGACGCUGCUCAUGGAGAUGUUGCAUGCCAAGAGGAAGGUGUAAACAUGUGGCCGCAAUUAGAAAUCGAGUUCGAAUUCGAAAUCGAAAUGCAAAACCGAUGGAAAUACUUAAACAAAAUAUAUGGAAAAUGUGUAAAUAACAAAGAAGGAAAAGCAAAAGUGAAAAGCAACAAGGAAAAACAAAAACUUAUUUGCUAUGCGAAGAACAUGUAUAAUGCAUGUAAAAUAAUGAUGCAUAUAAAGCAGAAAGAUCAUCACUACCACCAACUACACUCACACACACACACACACCUACACACACAACCACACAUUUGUUGAUUCAAUGUUAAUUAAUUAUUAUUAUGUUAAUGACUAGCUUUAGCCUAUGUUUAACUAAUUGAUUAAUUUGUCUUAAAUUAAUUCGUGUUAAUUUUUAGUCGUGUCCUCUGAUAAAGCAAUUCAAAAAACAACAAACAGAAAACCGAAAAAAAAAACCACAACAACCACUACCACUAAACUACCCAACAAAAUUGUGGAAAGUGCAAUGAAUAACUUUCUUUAGAAAAUAACAAAAAA